AUGCCUCCGAAAAAUCGACCCACAACCACUAAUACCACUGAUGAGCCAUUGGCUAAACGCCAUCGACGCGAAGCAUCAGCAACAGCUCAUGGCAAUAAUAAUGAAACAACGUUAACCAAACAAAAAGAAGAGGAAAUGUCGUCGGCGUAUAUUGCGCAGUUGUUGGCCGAGGAAGAUGGGUAUAUGGACGAACACCCGUAUUAUUCCGAAUAUAAUAGUAUUUUUUAUGAGCCGCAUUAUGAGUCGGAUAAUAUGGAACAGGACGACGACUAUACGCCUGGUGCCAGAAAUAAGCCAGUUAGUAGAAGUAAGAAAGCAGUCACAGGAAGCACGCGUGGUAGAAAACGCAAGGCACAACUCGAUUCCGAUAAUGCCGAUCAUAAUCUCGAAAAUCUUACCAACAAAUUGCCCGAGAAUACCGGCACAAUCGGCACUUUAGCAAAUGCGCUUGAAAACAUGGCGUCGCAAAAAGAAUUUAGUGAUAGUGCAAUACAAAAUAAGCAGCAGCAGAUGGCACCGCUGCCGGAAUCCACCACGAUCGACAAGACAUUAUUAACACAAGAAGCAUCGUCGUCGUCAUUCGUGAUGAUCAGAAGUGAAUUGGAAUCGAAACCACCAGUCAAUCAAGAAUCAGAAAAUAAUCAAGAAUCAGCUAAAGGAAACGAUCAAGAAUCAGCUAAAGGAAACAAUCAAGAAUCAGCUAAAGGAAAUCAAAACCAGUCUUCUUUACCCACCAAUGAAUCCUCGUCAUUGUCUGGAUUGAUCGAAGCGGGAGAAAUAAAAAAGCGUAAAGAGAAAGUAGCAAGACCAAAAAAUCCUGGUAUGAAUAGUGGUACUUAUACGGAACAGGAAGAAUUUUUGUUCUUAGAAGCGUUGGAACGUUGGGGUCGUGAUUGGCAAAAACUUGCAGAACAUAUUGGAACUAGAGAUCCAAAUUCGAUAAGAAGUCAUGCUCAAAAGCAUUUCAUCAAAUUGUUUCGUGAUGGAAUUCCUUUGCCACUUAAAGUUCAAGAAUCUGGUUGUGGCUACACUUUAUCGGGAAAAGAUCUUGAUCCCGAAUCCGCAGCGGCUAAGCCAUAUCUUAGUAGAAUGAAGUCUCGAAGCGAACUUCCUGUACAAACGGGCUCCGGCUCACCGCCAUCUGGAACUACAACACCUAAAGGUUCACAUGGACCUCGUCCUGAUGCACCAAUUCCUACGAGCGCGUCUACUACACCAAAUGGGAAAAAACCCAUUCAAUCUUCAAAAAUUUCGAAAAUAAAGGAAGAGAAGGAAAAGAAAGCUCCUAAGCUAUAUAAACGCAAAGAGCCAAGAACCACCCAAGAAGUCCCCUCACAUAAUUCUAACAAUACUGAUAACGCUUAUGGUUCGGAUGGUCGAACAGAGUACGCCAAAAGCAGAUUGCGUAAUAUUAGAGAAAGGCCAUCUAUCAAUUUUAAACAAAUUGAUGGUAAUGAUACUGAUCCUUUAACAAUGGUAAAAUGCGAACCGUUUUGCGGUGCCCCGAAUUCAAAUGUACAUGGAUGCCAACCUUUUUCUAUUCUUGUGGAAUCGAAUGUCUUGCUUGCGAUGGAUUUCCAUGCACACCUUAUGCAGACUGAAAUUAUUGGAUUUUUGGCAGGACAUUGGCAUCCCGAAGAGAAGAAAUUAAUCGUUAAAGCGACAUUCCCAUGCCGUUCACUUGCGACAGGCCAAGACCAUGUGAACGUGGAGAUGGAUCCAACGUCAGAGACGGAAGUUCGGGAAGCCAUCCAAGCGCGCAACAUGCGAGUCGUUGGUUGGUAUCACUCGCACCCUACCUUUGUUCCAGACCCGUCAAUCGUAGAUAUUGAGAAUCAGAAAAACUAUCAAAAUCUUUUUCGAGAUGAAGCAAUGAAUGAGGAACCUUUUGUGGGUGCUAUUAUCGGUCCAUAUGAUCCAAAACUUCCAAGCUCACUCUCAGUGAUUAAUUGGUAUUAUGUAAGCAACAAUUUCGAAGAGCGCGGCCAACCGAAACAAUUAGCCUAUGAAUUGUUUAAUAAUAAUCAAUUCUCUAAACAAGAAGCCGAUGAACUUCUAAAACUUGUUGAAGAAUAUCGCACGUCAAAAGAGCGAGUAAAUUUCCAAGAAUAUUGGCGUAAGGAUAUUGAGGAAACAAAGUUGGACAAACUCAUCAAAUCACUUGGUCGACGUAUGCCUUGGCUUUAUCCUGGCAAGAAACAACAGCAAACAACCGGCAACCUUCACUUACCAAAUCAGCCUUUCGAACCAUCAUUACCAGUACCUAAUUCAGAAUUUACAGCAAAAAUUGACGAGGACGACCCAUUAUCAUCAUCAACUGAGGAAGGAGGUGAAGAUCUUAAAAAUCCUCAUUUGAUCGAUGAAAUUAACUUUGAUUCUAUGGCACUUGAUUCCUCUUUUAUGUCUAUUGAUUCAGACGUUGCAACGAUGCAGCCACAACAACAGAUCUCUGUUGCACUCGCCGAUGAUUUCUUACGAAGGGUGGAAAGCAUGCUCAAAGCUUGGUGA